AAAAUAGAAACAAAAACAUUUGAAUUUCGAGUUUGAAAGUUUGUAAAACCUCUGGCCAUCCUUUUCUCCUCUCUCUUUCUCUGUUUGUAAAACCUCACCAGAUCUGUUCCAAAACCCAAACCUGAGUCUGCAAACAUGUCUGCGGCUCUGGAUUUGACGUUCGAUGACAUCAUCAAGAAUAACAAAAAAUCUGGAUCCGGAAACUUCCGUGGCCAGAACCGAUCAUCCGGAUCCGGACACGGACCUUCACGCCGCUUCCCUAACCGUUCUGCCAACCGCGCCGCUCCAUAUGCCACCGCCAAGGCGCCCGAGGCACGAUUUAUAUGCAGAUCAGCCCGUGGCUGCGGCGGGGUACCCUUCUCAAGGUGGUUCUGCGUCUUCCAUGGAAACUGGGACCAAACUUUACAUUUCUAACUUGGAUUAUGGCGUUUCCAAUGAUGAUAUUAAGGAAUUGUUUUCUGAAGUUGGUGACCUGAAACGGCAUGGGGUUCACUACGACAGGAGUGGAAGAUCGGAGGGUACUGCAGAAGUAGUAUUUUCACGACGAGCUGAUGCUGUAGCUGCUGUAAAGAGAUACAACAAUGUUCAAUUAGAUGGGAAACCAAUGAAGAUAGAGAUUGUGGGAAACAUUUCUAUGCCUGGUGUUCCCGCUGCAAACAGAGCUAUUGGAAAUUUGAAUGGAGGUCCUCGAAGUGGACAAGGAAGAAGUGGGGCAUUUAGAAAGCCAGGAGGAAGAGGGCAAGGCAUUCAAAGGGAUGGAGGUCAAGGAAGAGGUCGUGGUGGAGGAAGACGUGACGAAAAGUUAUCUGCAGAUGAUCUGGAUGCUGAUCUGGAGAAAUAUCAUGCAGAGGCAAUCCAAUUGAACUAAAGGAAUUGCCCAUGUUUUAUUUUCUUGCUAAACAUCUAUGGUUGUUCGGGGCUUGCUGAUGGAACACUGUGUAUCUUGCUAUGCCCUAUUUAUUAGGGGAAAGGGAAUGGACUUCUUUAGUGAACGCUUGACCCGUGGAGUUUGGGCUUCUGUUGCCUAUUAAUCAUUUUCCUUAUGGAUUACGAAACAGUAGUCAGCAUCCUCUUGGCAUUAACAAGUGUAUUGUGGAAGUGGGAACCAUGAUCUCAUCUAUCAAAUGCACAAAAAUCUAGUUGGCUGCUACAAAAUAUGGGAGGCUGCAGAUUUGACCCACAGUUGCUUUGAUGUUUUGGUUAAACCACACCAAUGCUGCGGAAUCUUCUAAUAAGGUAGAUUCCCUACCUCCUCUUUUAACACCCUCUCUCCCCAGAAAAUAGUCAUGUGAUCUGUUUUUAUUAUAUUGUGACAUUGCCUUUUGUUGUGUAAUCAUUGAGGUUUGUCAUCUUUUAGAUGUUCUACUUGUUGUAGUUGGGGACAUCUUUCCUCUCUGUCUGGUAGUUUUGGCUUAUUAUAUAGUGAGAUGGAACCUAUAAUCCUAAUUGACUUCAUCGGCUGGUUGCACUCGGUGUUACAAGAUUUGCUAUAGGAGUUGGUAUCCUCAGCUCUUCACUUGUAGUGAAUCUAUUAGAACUGUCAUUGCUGGUUACGAUUACAUGCUAGGCCAUUUUCCUAGCCAUACUUUACUAUAAUCACACGCUAGUCAGAGAUUCUUUUUAA